AUGAAAGUAGAGAAGAUUGACAAUUGCCAAGUUAAAGAAAAAUUAGACGAUGCUAUUAAAACAGAUAUUGAAUACCAAGAAAAAAUUAGUUCCGUUAAAAACUAUUGGUCUAAGCUCAUAGAUAAAUCUCCGGAAAAUUCAAAUAAAAUAGAAAAAGAGGAAACAAUAGCUAGCCAACCAUUAAAACAAACGGAGGAACCAAAAGCACAACAUACAGACGAGAAUUUAUCAUCAGAGUUUUCAGUGAAUAAAAUUAUAAAAUCCCUAGAAAGUGUGAAAAUUGUAGAUAGUAUAAGAAAAGUAAGUCAAACAAAGUUGCAAUUGUGGAAAGAUGAAACUGAAAAAGUGAAAAGUGAUUCAGAAAUUGAAGAGCCGCCAAUUGAAAAGAUUGUUAAGGAUACUCAUAGUCAACAGUUUUAUUCCCCUUCAAGAGUGGACAGAAAUAAUACAAAAUACGACAUAGAUUCCUAUCGAGAAACGCCAGAAAUAGAAAUUGUGGAGCUUAGUUGUGAAGACAAUCAGAACCAGAAAACCCAGGCGACCUUAAUAAAGGCAAAAGGAUACGAAAAGGGUUGUGAUGACUUCGAUCACGUUCGAUAUAAGGUAAUGAAAUCAGAGCUAUUUAAAAAUAGCAUGAUUGCGAACUAUAGAAAAGAGGCGCAGUUUGAUGGCUUACUACAGUAUUUACAAGAUUACAGUUUCCAGGAGUUAUUGACGAAUAAUAAUAUUGUGAUAAUUGAACCCGUAAGAACUAAAGUAGAGCCGACACCGCGUAAAGAUAAAAAUAUGGACACAUGCAAAAUACAUCCAACAUUUCUGAAGAAAAACGAUAGUUCAUCGCAAAUAGAAAAAUCUAAAAAUGCAGUUCGAAGACACUUCUUCUAUCAUCCAAUAAGAGUAAACAAAGAAAUUAUUGAAGAAGAAUUACCAAAUCCAGACACUGUUAAAAAGGUACGAAACCUUUUUGAGGAUACAUUAAAGAUGAAAAGCCCGAUGACGCACGACCCUCCCCUGAUUGAAGAAAACAUAGGACUAACAAGACGUUCAACGUCGUAUAGAAAUUUAAGUGAAGACAUGAAAAGUAACAAAAGCGUUGGAAGAAAGAAACUAAUAAGGCAAUUGACCAUCGAUACAAAUUUCGGGAAUAAAAAGUGGGAUAACGCUAGUCUUUCAAGUGGAGUGUCCAGUGGAGACUUAAGCUCAAACAAUGAUUAUGACGCAGAGGCCCUUAGUCCCUAUUCUAAUAAAAAUAUAAAGGACGUGUACAGCUCAAGUGACGAAUACCUGUGCGACUCUGCAAACCAAGACUUCUGUUGUGAGAGUCAAUACGUUAGUCCGGAUAUUUUAAAGAAGAUUCGUGACUGUGGGACGUCAGUCACAUACUAUGGUGGCAAAGUAUUAAACUCAAAAACAGGUUCAAACGUCAGUCCCAUGACGAAAGCAAUUAUGGACGAGAUAAAAAGCUUGCAAAGAAAUUGUAGCACAAGUUGUAUAUCGUGCCAAACAAAAUGUAAAGGGGAACGUUGUGCCUGCUUAGUUGCAGAUAAACACAAACCGACAAUUGUGGAAAAACCGAUAUCAGAAGUAAAAAAUUGCGAAAAUACACCUUGUCAAGACAAACAACUAGGCGUUGAUACUUUUCCAGGAUUUAAAUUUAAACUAGUUAAAUCGAAUAGUUGUAGCAGUCGCUUAGAAUUAACAGGCACAGACGAAAACAAAAGUUCUAGGUUUCGUUUUAGGAAACAAAACUCAUUGGAAGAUCCCCCACUAGCGCAGGACGAAGAAAAUUCCGUCAAAAACAAAAUAUGCCGCCUAGAAAGCUACAGUAAAGGUCAAAUAAAGGCUCCAAUUAAAAGAAAAUUUAGCGAUGAAAAGAAACAGCGACUCAGUGAGUCCAGACAGAACAAUGAAACGAUACCAGCGAAAGAAAUUGUUGAAAACAAAGUGGAAAAUCACAGAAACGAUAGGAUCAACGCAGAAGUAACGGAGAACAUAAAGAGAAAUUUACAAGACAAAAGCGGAAACGACAACCAUAUUUUUGAAAAGAAAUUCUAUUACGUAAACGAGAAUCUGGAGCAAAACAAGACUGUCGCAACUGGAAAAUUCGGUGAAAUGGUGUUCGAAGAGUUCGAGGUCUUAGAGAAUUGUUACGAUAGCUUAAAUAGCAAUAAGUAG